AUGUCGCCUUCAAUUGAACAGGACUGGGAACUGGUGCCCUCGGCCACUGACACCAAUGCUGCAUCAGCAGUGAGAUCCAAGACCAAUUCAUCAGACCUCGGGCCACAGCGAAUCUACUCAACGAGCUUGGGCAUAGCCAUUCGGACCAGGCCAGCUAACUCGGAGGCUUCUCUCCAUGCCAAGAUUACCACAAAGAAGAAGUUCUUUACCAUUAUCAAAGCCGGCCUUCUGAUUCCUGGAGAUGGCGAGCCCUUUUCCGAUGCGGCCCUUGUUGUUGAGAAUAAGGUUAUCGCCUGGGUCGGCGCUGAAGCCAAUCUGCCUCAAAAGUACAUUGAUGCUCCGCAUCGAAGCUUCUCUGUUCCCUACCUUAUGCCUGGACUCUGGGAAUGCCAUGCACACUUCGCCGGUGACGGUCCCGGAAACGAUGGCGACAGCUACGUAGGGUUCCUGACUCUCCACCCUUCAACUGGUGGUGCUCGUUUGGCUCGAGGUUGCUGGGAGGCCAUCCAGCGCGGCUAUACGUCCAUGAGAGACGUAGCGGGGUAUGGAUGUGAAGUAGCCAAAGCCAUUGAGGAUGGCACAAUCGUCGGCCCCAACGUCUACAGCUCCGGCUCGUGUCUAAGUCAGACCGCCGGCCACGGCGACAUCUUCCCGCUGCCCGCUGGUGAUGUUCUGCUCAACUUUGGCGUGUCCAACAUUACACCGGGCCACUUUGCCACAGGCAUGACGAUCAUCGUCGACGGCGUGGAUGAGUGCCGCCGAGCGGUCCGUCUGCAGAUUCGAAGAGGUGCAAAGUGCAUCAAGAUCCUCGCAUCAGGCGGAGUAAUGUCGCGCGAUGACAAUCCAUUAUAUGCGCAGUUCAGCCCUGAGGAACUCGAAUGCAUCGUGUCUGAGGCAUCGCGGCAGGGCCGAUCAGUGGCUGCACAUGUGCACGGCAAACCCGGCAUUCUGGCAGCCGUGAAGGCCGGCGUCACUACAGUGGAGCACGUGUCAUUUGCAGAUAAGGAAUGCAUUGACCUGAUCAAAGAGAAGGGGACAAUAUAUGUCGCAACGCGGUUCGUCCUCGACAUGUUGAUACAGAGUGGCGGAGAAGGUCUGACCAAAGAGAGCUGGGAGAAGGCCAAGCUCUGUGCAACCAAUCAUUUGACAGCCUACAAAAUGGCCAUUGAAGCAGGCAUACCACUCGCCAUGGGAACAGAUACUCCGCCAGGCUUCAACCAGGCGGUUGAGCUGGAGCAUGCUGUGAAGGCAGGGCUGAGCAACCUAGAGGCGAUCAAAGCAGCGACGGCCAAUGGCCCACUGACUGUUGGGGCCCAAGCACCAAAGACAGGGCAGCUGAAGGCAGGUUACGAGGCGGACUUGCUUGGCUUGACAGAAAAUCCGGUGGAAGAUGUCAAAGUACUGCAAAACAGGGACAUCAUUCAGUGGGUUUGGAAAGGCGGAAAGAUCUUCAAAGGUCCUGGUAUUGGGCCGUGGGGUGAGGAGUGA